ACAACAUCCUCUUUUUUCGCGCCAACACCACGGCACAAUGGCUCGAUGCACGAUCUGAAUCAACUCAUCCAACCGUCGAUAGGUGCACCGUGACCUUAAACAGAAAUGCUGAAUUAUGAAACCUUAGCAUUUCCGGACACUCGAAAUUCGAAUCGUACUGCGGCUCGCCCGAAUUACACUUCGCGAUGAGCAGCGAUGGCUCUCCCAAGGCCAAGUCCAAAUCGACCUACCAUUUCGUAGCCGGCCUUGGGUCUGGCAUGCUCUCCGCCGUCCUUCUCCAACCAAUCGAUCUUCUCAAGACCCGUGUGCAACAAUCUGGCCACCACUCCCUGACCGCUGCCCUUCGCGAGAUCCGAAAUUCUCCUCGCAUACUACCUGCGCUAUGGCGAGGCGCGACACCAUCCGCUCUGCGCACCGGCUUCGGAAGCGCAAUAUAUUUCACAUCCUUGAAUGCGAUCCGAACCAACGUCUCACGCAUUCCCUUCCUUGCAGCAGACACCGGAACCGGCGACAGCGCACUCAGUACCAUUAGAGACCGUGUGAAAGCCGGCGCAGGACAUUCCCACUCGUCUUCGCUUGUCAAGCUCUCCAACACGGGGAACUUGCUGGCGGGUGCAGUGGCGCGCACGUUUGCUGGCAUGAUCUUGAUGCCGCUGACGGUGAUCAAGGUGCGAUAUGAGUCGAAUCUGUACUCUUAUGGCUCAAUCUCGGCAGCAGGACGGGAUAUACUAGCAAAGGAAGGGGCAAAAGGUUUCUUCUCUGGCUUUGGCGCGACGGCCAUGCGGGAUGCGCCCUAUGCAGGACUGUAUGUGCUGUUCUACGAGCAGAGCAAGAAGAGGCUGAGCGCAUGGCACGGAGCCAAUGACAAUUCCCACUCUGCCGAGUCAAGGGGACAUGGCAGGAUGGGUGUCUCGACUGCUGCGACGAUCAACUUUUCCUCAGGGGUCAUUGCCGGCGGCGCGUGUUCUGCGAUAUCGAACCCCUUCGACGCGGUCAAGACGAGGAUACAGCUGCAGCCCGGCGUGUAUCGAAACAUGUUCCAUGCAGCGCACAUGAUGGCAACCCAGGAGGGGAUGCGCUCGUUCUUGGAUGGUCUGGCUUUGCGUAUGGGCCGUAAGGCUCUGAGUUCAGCACUGGCAUGGACAGUGUAUGAGGAGUUGGUCAGGAGGGCUGAAGUCACACUGAACCCCACAAAGAGAAGGGAGAAUGUCUUGUAA